UAUCCUAUAAUCUAUCAUAGUUAGCCAGCAUAUAUUCAUGGCAAUCAAGGUCCACGGGAAUAAGAUGUCAACGGCAACGAUGAGGGUCGUUGCUUGUCUCAUGGAAAAGGGUCUGGAUUUUCAGUUUGUUGACAUUGAUAUGGGAGCUGACCACCACAAGCAGGAACCUUUCCUCUCCCUUAAUCCAUUUGGCCAAGUUCCAGCUUUUGAAGAUGGUGACUUGGAGCUUUUUGAGUCAAGGGCAAUCACUCAGUAUAUUGCAUAUACUUGUGCCAACAAGGGGAACCAUCUAGUAUGUGAGGAUCCAAAGAAGAUGGCCACCGCAUCAGUGUGGAUGGAGGUGGAGAACCACCACUUCGACCCGGCGGCUUCCGCGUUGACGUGGGAGCUUGGCAUAAAGCCAGUGAUUGGCAUGGCUACUGAUGAGACUAUAGUGGAACAAAACAAGGAAAGGCUGUCCAAGGUUUUGGAUGUGUACGAGAAUCGCUUGAUACGAUCAAAAUACUUAGGCGGGGAUUGGUUCAGCCUAGCGGAUCUGCACCAUCUCCCCAACAUCCAUUGUCUCAUGGGUACCCAAAUCAAAACGUUGUUUCAGUCGCGCCCGAAUGUGAGUGCGUGGUGGGUUGAUAUCUCUUCCAGGCCAGCUUGGUUAAAGAUGGUUGAAUGGCUAAAAGAGACUUGAGCCGCUAGUAGUGGUCUCACUGGUCUCACGGUCUAGUAAAGUCCAAGGCUUUCCGCGAGGCUGACAUAGGCGACUGACUGUCAUAUAACAGUUGUCUAAUGUCUUUUACAACAGUUGCCUAUCUGCAAUUCUGUACUAGUGAUAUAUGCAAUGUUACAUACUUACAUUAUAUAUAUUCCACUUUCUUUAAUUUCUUGGGUUUUAAGUAGUGUCUGCCUAUUCUCUGGUGGGAAGGCAAAAGAUGAGGCCAUGUAAUAUAAUGUACUAUUCAAUAAAAUAUGCAAGCUAAUAAGAGUCCUCAA